CCAAAUCGCAAGUUAGAAUAUUCGGCACCUGCUACAUCUCUAUCACACAAUGGAGAGUCUCCGACUUGCCCAAUACCUUAAGAGCGUCAACCGUGUCGCAUGGGAAGUCGCGUGGUACCUGCAAGGUGAUAAUGUAACGUCGUAGUAUCCGAUAAUAUGCAAACUCGUCUCCGGUAUGUAACGUGGAUUUUCAUGAAAUGGAUUCAAUAUUUCCGACAUUGCCCCUGCUACUUAAAAAAAAAAAAAAAAACACCACGCUCACGCACGCGCACAUUAUGAUGUUUUCUGCUGAUCAACUAACAAAUGUUCAUCCAUGGCCGCAUGUGUCGAGCUCCGUUCCUGAGCAGCAGCAGCCGGUCGACCGGAGGAGGGACUGAGACGACGAGCCUUUCAUGAAAGCGAGUAGGAGAGCUCUCUCUCUUCUUGGCCGGUGCACCGCCUCGAGGCAGAUGAAGCAGAUCCAGUCCCAUCUUACAGUCUCCGGUACCCUCGCCGACCCUUACGCCGCCGGAAAGAUCAUUACUUUCUUCGCCGCCGCUGACCCUUCUUACGCCGACCAGCUCUUCGAGGCCCUCCCCUUCCCCUGCCGGGCCACCUUCAUCUGGAACACCAUGAUCAGAUCCCUCGUCGACAGGACCGAACACUCAGCGACCCUCUCCCUGUACAAGAGAAUGGUGUCGGAGGCUCACCUGCUGCCCAACAACUACACCUUCUCAUUCCUCCUCACCGCCUGCGCCGAGCUCACCGACCUCUGCUCAGCCUGCACUCUCCACUGCCAGGCGAUCAAGUUGGGCUGGGAGUCCUACGAUUUCGUGCAGAACGGACUUAUCCAUGCAUACGCCAUUUGCGACGCUCUCGAGUCCGCGCAUACUCUCUUCGAUGCCAGCAAGGAAAGGGAUGUGAUCACGUGGACUGCCCUCAUCAAUGGCUACAUUAAGUCGGGCCAAGUAGAUUCUGCCCGCGAGCUGUUCGAUGAAAUGCCGCAGAGGAAUCCAGUCUCCUGGAGCGCCAUGAUCAAUGGGUACGUGCAUGUUGGACUGUUCAGGGAGGCUCUGGAGCUUUUUAACAGUAUGCAGGCGAUUUCUGGGCUCCGUCCAAACCAUUCCGGGAUAGUGGGUGCAUUGAAUGCAUGUGCCCUUCUGGGCUCCUUGGACCACGGAAUGCGGAUUCAUGCCUAUGUGGAUAGGCUCCAGAUUCCUCUGGACCGAAUGUUGGGGAGUGCACUUAUUGACAUGUAUGCCAAGUGUGGCUGUGUCGAGAUGGCUCGGGAUGUAUUUGAAGGAAUGCCCAGGGCAGAGAGGGAUGUGUUUGCAUUCACCUCUUUAAUUUCGGCCCUAGCGAAUCACGGGAAGAGUGAGGCUGCGAUAGUAUUGUUUGAGCAGAUGCAGAGGGAAGGAGUUGUACCCAAUGAGAUCACCUUCAUAUGCGUCCUGAAUGCAUGCAGUCGAAUGGGGCUGGUUGAUCGAGGGGUAAGUAUCUUUAGAAGCAUGAGGGAGGAGUAUAGAAUUCAGCCACAGGUUCAACACUAUGGUUGCUUGGUGGAUCUUUUGGGCAGAGCGGGGUUGCUCCAAGAGGCGAAGAAGGUUGUGGAAGAGAUGCCUAUGGAGCCCGACUCAUACGUUCUUGGUGCACUGCUUAAUGCAUGCAGAGUUCACGGUGAGAUUGAAUUGGGAAGACAGAUGGUGGAGGGCUUGACCCACCGGAGACUCGACCAUGGUGGCGUCCAUGUUCUCCUCUCCAACAUGUAUGCGUCUGCUAGCCAAUGGAAUUGCGUGGCACAAGUGAGGCAGGGAAUGGAGGAAAAUGGAGUGAGGAAGGUUCCAGGAUGCAGUUCAAUUGAAGUGAAUGGCACAGUUUAUGAAUUUGUUGUUGGAGAUAAGUCGUAUGUGUUCAUGGACAAGAUUGAGUCACUGUUAUUCAGAAUUGAUACACAUUUGAAAGCCGUUGACCUUGAGGAGGAUGAAGAAGGCAAUGUUAGUGUUGGUUGAUGGAUUUCUGCUUACUCUGUGAGGAGCUGAAUGAAUGCUAUGGCCAUUUGCUUUGUUGUCAUUCGAUUCCGUCAUUCAUCGGCACCAUUCUUGUGCUUAUUGCAAUAACCAAGGAAGCUUAAAGUUGUGUGGGCUAUCAAGACCACUGCUUCGGUGAUCUUGCACAGUGUGGGCUUCCAUUCAUGAAAAAACAGAUACAUUUUACCGGCACUAUGCAGGUAAUGAUCCUGACAAAUGGUGGCAUAGGUAGUGCUGUUGUUCUUUCAACCAUCAUUCUGCAAUUAGAUCGAAUUUGUGAAAAAUUAAAUAGAGUGGACUUGAGAGGAGGACCUCAAUCUGGUCGCCAAUGUGGAUGAUCAACGCACCGGGGACGUAUUCGGCAUUGAUCCAGCGGUCGUCCUGGAAGACCUGUAGCCCAGGAACCUCAUUGGGCACGAGGAUAGUGAGGGCUGACAGAUCCGUAUGGGCCGGCACCCCGAAGGUCAGGUCGGGACGAGGACACGGGGGGUAAUAAUUUAUUUUGAGCUCAUAUUGCAGCUCCUCCCCUCCUGCUCCGUCCUUCAACACGUUCUCUUCUAGGCCCAACCCCAGCGACAGGCUCCGGAAGAGUUUGUCCGCGACUUGUCGCAGUCGGCUUCUUAGGCCAGAACUGGUAGUUCCUGGAGGAAGGUGGCCAAAUCUUAUGGAAAAGGUGGUCCGCCCAGGAUUUCUUGCCCCGAGGAUCACUCUGGACCUGGGUCCCAUAACCUUCGAUGCCCGAAGAGUCCGGGGCCUUAGCGUACACUUCCUUCUCUUCCUGUGGGAGUUCAAAGAAUUCUCUUCCGACAUGCUGCAGCCUGCUUAUGAGAUUGUCGGGUAUCCCGUGGUUUACCACCUGGAAUAUCCCCCAUUCACCGCUGGCACCAGCAACAGCUUUCACCAGCUUCUCCUGGUCCGCUUCUCCAAGGUCCACUGUCGGGAUCUUAGGGACUGGGCCAUCACCAGCCUCCACCGAUGGCUCCUCCUUGUCUCUCCUGAUGUACUCCUCUGGUAUGGUGUCCGCAGAUUGAGACAUUCUAGAAGCAAUUGUUUGGACCGUCUCCAUCGGCAUGGUUACUGUCCAACGGCAAGGUUAACCAAUUAAUUCUGAAGUAAAAAUUCGCGUUCAAUAGAUACGAUCUGUUGACAAAGCAAUGUUAACCAGUUUUAACAAGGUGAGUUUCAGUAUGAAUGGUCUUGUGUUAGGUCCAUGACCAUGUUAUGUCGGGAUAUAUAGCUCCCCCCUGUAAAAUGUCAAGUUUUUGGGGUUUAAGGCUCAGCCAAGGAUAACUAACAUCGGAGUCGGCACAAACACUCUCCGACCUCAGAUGACCGCUAUGCUGCACAUGAAUUCUUCGCAUCCUGUAUAAUUACCUCAUCGGGCCAUAGGAUGCAAACAACGAAUUUGCCCGAUGGAUAUUGCACGCGAAAGGUGUUAAUUA